AUGGCUGCUACAUUUAAUCACCAGCCUACGGGACUUCAUGGUUGGGGCAUUGAUGUCUCAGCGUCUCGAUCUUCUAAAAAAUUCGGGAGGUUCCUUUCAAUGCGUUUCGCCUACAAUGCUCAUAAACUGAAUCUCAUUCAAGCAUCUAUUUCUCAUGCUUCUGCUGUUGAUCCUACAUCACUAUCCAUUUCUCAUGAUUCAUCAACUGAGAGUACUUUGAUAUUGAUUCGUCAUGGGGAGUCUUUGUGGAAUGAGAAGAACUUGUUCACUGGAUGUUGCGACGUGCCUUUGACCAAGCGAGGUGUGGAGGAAGCAAUUGAAGCGGGUAAGAGGAUUAGCUAUAUACCAGUUGAUAUGAUUUUUACGUCAGCACUGAUUCGGGCACAGAUGACAGCUAUGCUUGCAAUGACUCAACAUCACCAGAAGAAGGUUCCUAUUAUCAUACAUAAUGAGAGUGAAGAGGCAACAACUUGGACUCAAGUUUACAGUGAAAAAACCACCAAGCAAUCCAUUCCAGUUAUAACUUCUUGGCAGUUGAAUGAACGGAUGUAUGGGGAGUUACAAGGUCUUAAUAAGCAGGAGACUGCAGAGAGAUAUGGGAAGGAGAAAGUGCAUGAGUGGCGUCGAAGUUAUGAUAUUCCUCCUCCCAAGGGUGAGAGUCUGGAAAUGUGUUCACAGAGAGCUGUUGCCUAUUUUAAAGAUUUUAUUGAACCCCAACUAAAAUCAGGAAAACACGUGAUGGUUGCUGCUCAUGGGAACUCAUUGAGGUCUAUUAUAAUGUAUCUUGACAGAUUAACCUCUCAAGAGGUCACUAAUUUAGAAUUAUCAACUGGGAUACCGUUGCUUUACAUAUAUAAAGGGGGGAAAUUUUCUAGUAGAGGAAGUCCUGUAGGACCUACAGAAGCUGGUGUUUAUGCAUAUAGUCAGAGUUUAGCUGCUUACAGACAACAGUUGGAUGAAAUGUCACAUUGAAGUAAUUGAUCCUUCAUGUAAAAGAUGAAAAUGGUAUAAUUAUCGAUAUUCAUUUCUUGGUGGAUGGCUUCAUAUUUUUCUUUCUGGUUAUGGCCAUUCUACAGGAUAAAUUUUUUCUUCUCGCAUGCCUGACGAUCCUUAGAAAAUUAUUGGAAGAAUUUUAUCAAUUUUCGAGUCUGGAAUGGCAAAACGUGAGAGCCCUGAAAAUUUUCUGCUCGGUAACAACACAAGUAGCCCCAGAACAAUUUUUGUUAGAGAGAUAGUAAAAAACAAAAUUUGGUAAUGUAAGUCUAGAACUUGAUUGUGUCUGAAUGGAUGUGAACUUGUAGGUAUAGCUGCCAUCUUUUAGAACAGAGAAUUAAAUUUAUGGUU